ACUGUCACUGGCCCCUGUCGCGAUCCUACAGUCGCUGCUGACUGCCUCUCAUCACACAAACUUCAAAAUUCAUCUCCCUCAUCCACACGCCAUGUCCUGACAUCCAAAUCCUCGCGCCAUGUUUCUGCCAAUCUGCGCAGCGUUGGCCGCGCUGGCAACAGCGGCGCACGCCUCCCUCGGAACCUCCGACAAGUCGUGCCGACUGCCCGCCCCCUCGGAUGUCGAUGGCUCUCUGGGCUUCAACUACACCGACGAUUGCGCGCCCUCGACCGGCACGCUCUCGUCGUACAUGAUCUACGUCGACUUCCCCGACGCCAAGGCCAACGACACCACAGAGUCCCUCUACGACGUCUUCUUCCCCGACGCCAUCGACUGGUUCGAGACGGCCAGCUAUGGCAAGCUCCAGCUCGAGGUCGACACGGCGCUCGAGGGGGGCUUUGCGCGCAUGCCGCAGGCCGCCGACAGCUAUCACUUCCAGAGGGGCAUGUCCGGCUGGGAUCUGGUGACCUACGUCCAGGACGCCAUUGACGCGCACUUUGACCAGGUUGGCAUGAUUCCCGUGGUCGACGUGCUCUACAUCGUGGCCACGCGGCGCGCGACGAGCAUCACGUACUCGCCGUCGUUGGGCUAUCCCUUUACAGAUCCCUCCGGUUCGCUUCUCACCAACAAGAUUGCUGCUUUCGGGUUUGACUCGUAUGACUAUUACGGGUCCAAGGUCCUCAACCACGAGACGGGCCAUGCGCUGUGCCUCCCCGAUCUCUAUCCUCUCGCCGGCGGCGAGACGGGGGAGUACGUCGGCACAUGGGACAUGAUGGGGACCAUCGUGGGCCCGAGCCCAGACUUCUUUGCUUGGAGCAAGUACCGACUUGGCUGGAUCGGAGAAGACGAGGUAGACUGCGUCGAGGACUAUGGCACAACACGGCAUGAGCUUAUACCCGUCUCUUCGGACAAGGCAGGCGUCAAGGCAGUUAUCAUUCGACACAGUGACACCAAGGUCCUCGUCGCCGAGGCGAGGUCGGACACAGGUGUAGACGAGAACGCCUGCCGGUCAAGGGUUCUAGUGUAUAGCGUCGAUACUAAAGUCCAGACGGGGCAAGGUGGCAUCAUCGUCUACGAUGGCAACCCCAAGACAGGGUCUCCCCUGUGCGUGGGCCAGGGCGACGUCAAGAGCGAUGCGGCACUCUCGUUGGAAGAUGGGGAGCAGGAGAUCUACGUAGAGGACUUUGGCGUCAAGGUCAAGAUCAUCGAGAGCGAUGGACCAGGCUUCCAAAUCGAGGUCCGCAAGGGGGAAGAGGCCGUCGAGGAGGACGAGGAUGAUGAGAGCGCGGCAACCAGGCUCUCUAUUUUGUUUUCAGGCUCCCUAUUCCGAUAGAGACAGGAUCAAUGGUAGUUUCACAGAUACAAACAAAGAGCACGGAGUAGUCAUAGUUGAAG